GGAAAGUACGGACGCGGGAAAGCUUUGACUAUUGCAAAAAAUAAAAUGUGAAAAAAUGGAAGGACAAGUCGCCGCCGGACUCUCUCUCUCUCUCUCUCUGUAGCAAUCUGCUAGAAUUCUAUAUUCUCUCUCUCUGUUUAUAAGGGCGUUCCGAUUCAGAGCUCAGAAAACGAUAUACAUUCUGUUAGAGAUCAGAAUAAUGGAGAGUCUGCUGAAGGAGAAGAGAGGCGGAGAAACGGUGCUGGACAUGUCGCCGCGAUCGACGCCGGGAGGAGGCGUGGAAGAUGUCUACGGCGAGGACUGCGCCACCGAGGAUCAGCUCGUCACUCCCUGGGCGACCUCUGUUGCUAGUGGCUACAAUUUGUUAAGAGACCCUCGUUACAACAAAGGGCUUGCUUUCACAGAGAACGAACGAGAUGCUCAUUACCUCCGAGGUCUCCUUCCGCCUGUAGUUGUUUCCCAGGAGCUUCAGGAGAAGAGAUUUAUGCAAAGUAUCCGCCAAUAUGAUCUGCCCAUACACAAGUAUAUGGCUAUGAUGGAACUUGAGGAGAUGAAUGAAAGGCUGUUCUACAAGCUUCUUAUUGAUUAUGUCGACGAGCUACUCCCAGUUGUCUACACUCCAACUGUUGGCGAGGCUUGCCAGAAAUAUGGAAGCAUAUUCAAGCGUCCUCAGGGUCUAUACAUCAGUUUGAAGGAAAAGGGGAAGAUUCUUGAGGUAUUGAAGAAUUGGCCUGAGAGGACAAUCCAAGUCAUCGUCGUAACUGAUGGUGAGCGAAUUUUGGGACUUGGAGACCUUGGCUGCCAGGGGAUGGGAAUACCCGUGGGGAAGUUGGCUCUUUAUACAGCACUUGGUGGAGUCAGGCCCUCAGCGUGUUUGCCUAUAACAAUUGAUGUUGGGACCAACAAUGAGCAGUUACUCAAGGACGAGUUCUAUAUCGGGCUUAGACAAAAGAGAGUAACUGGACAGGAAUAUUAUGACUUUCUGGACGAGUUCAUGACUGCUGUAAAGCAAAACUACGGUGAAAAAAUUCUUGUGCAGUUUGAAGAUUUUGCAAACCACAAUGCAUUUGAGCUGCUGGCCAAAUAUGGUACUACUCAUUUGGUGUUCAAUGAUGAUAUACAGGGGACAGCUGCUGUGGUUCUUGCAGGCCUUGUGGCCUCACUUAAGCUUCUUGGGGGUACCUUAGCUGACCACAAGUUCUUGUUCCUUGGUGCUGGAGAGGCUGGCACAGGUAUUGCUGAACUAAUAGCUCUUGAGAUUUCAAAAAAGACAAAGGCUCCUGUUGAGGAAACACGUAAAAGGAUCUGGCUUGUGGACUCGAAGGGGUUAAUUGUUAGUUCUCGAAAAGCAUCUCUUCAGUCCUUCAAGAAGCCUUGGGCACACGAACAUGAACCUACUAACAAUCUCUUAGAUGCUGUCAAGGCCAUCAAGCCAACAGUGUUGAUAGGGACUUCUGGAGUUGGAAAAACAUUUACAAAAGAAGUAAUUGAAGCCAUGGCUGCCUUUAACAAGAGACCUCUUAUAAUGGCACUUUCAAACCCUACAUCACAAGCCGAAUGUACCGCUGAAGAUGCUUACAAAUGGACUGAGGGACGUGCAGUGUUUGCAAGUGGAAGCCCAUUCCCUUCUGUAGAAUACAACGGCAAACUUAACAUACCUGGACAGGCUAACAACUGCUAUAUAUUUCCCGGGUUCGGUUUUGGUCUGGUCAUGUCGGGCACGAUCCGUGUACACGAUGAUAUGCUCCUAGCAGCUUCGGAGGCUUUGGCUAGUCAAGUAACAGAAGAACACUAUGCCCAAGGGAUGAUUUAUCCCCCUUUCACAAAUAUCAGGAAGAUCUCAGCUCAUAUAGCAGCUACCGUUGCUGCUAAGGCAUAUGAACUUGGUGUUGCGACUCGUCUUCCUCGACCUGCAGAUUUGGUGAAGUAUGCUGAAAGUUGCAUGUACACUCCCGUCUACAGAAACUAUCGUUGAAUUUGGUGUAAUGCUGUGAGUGAAGGAGUGGCAAACUGGGAAGUCGUCCACUCAUCCUCAUCACAAGUAGCUCUAUAGAGGUCCAUCGUGUUUCUUUUCUUUUUUUCUUCGUGAGAUCACUUCCACGGUUUUUUGUUUUGUGCCCUUACCACGGUGUAUGUUAACUGUGCUUUAUUUUCGUUGAAUAACGUCCUUAUUUUGUACAAUAAGGAUGGUAUUGUAUUGCAGUUUCUUUUGUUUUCUGAGUUUAAUUUCAGUCAGUUUUUUCCAUCUGUUGUUAUUCAUGAGUCUGAUCGCCCAAAGCUUCAAUCACAUUAUUGAUUCUAGCACAAACACUUGUGGACAUGCUUUGCUCUCAUGUUUCAAAGAACAAAAAAAGGUGGUGUUAAUAGUGGCAUUGGUGUCCC